AUGUUCCAAACCGGCGCCCCCUCCCCGACUAACCCAAUCUUCUCCUCCCCACCCCCCAAAUCCGGCACCUCCAUCUGGGAAACACCAUUUGCGGACGAAAUUCUCCCUACACUACGACACAACGCACGAGGUAUCGUAUCUAUGGCCAAUAAAGGACCGUGUACAAAUGGUUCUCAAUUUUUUAUUUUGUUUGCGCCGGCUCCGCAUCUAGAUGGGCAGAAUACAGUAUUUGGACAUGUGAUUGGGGAGGAGGGGAUGAGGGUUUUGGGAGAGUUGGAACGCUUGGAAGUGGAUAGGAAGAAUAGGCCUUUAGAGAAAGUGGUGAUUGAGAGGCGUAGGACUCAAAAGAAAGCCCUUAUUAGUCUUCGGCAGUUAUUCCAAGACAGCAACGCAACGGGAGAUUCGGGAACACCCCUGUCCGCCUGUGUAACAUCGGAUACUGGACUAGUUGGUUCAAUCUUGGGAGCCGAGAAGUAG